CCCACCGGCGGGCGCUCCCGUGGGGACAGUCGGCCAGAGGAGCGUGGUAAAACAACGGAGCUGUGGCUGUGCAAGGCGAGAAGGGAGAGGUGAGCUUCCGCCGCGGCUCCUCAGCACGCGAGGUGCUGGCUGAGCCCCCCAGCACCCACCAGAUGUGACCACCGGCAACAGCCCCCCCCUUUCCCCGGCCGAGAAAGCCCUGGCUGGGACAGCUGGACUUUAAACUUCAACUACAUCUCUGAUGUAGCCAUUUCCCCCAAGAGCCGCAGGAAUGCAGGCAGGCGGCCAUCAGGCUCAGAGGGUAAGAAUGGCAAGGUGCUCUUGGACAAUAUUGUUUCUUCUCUCUGCCCUUUUCCUUCAGACAGAGCAGACAGUGUUUAUAUCAGCUGAUGAUGCAAACAAAGUUAUCAAGAGACAGAGGCGUGCCAGUUCCCUACUUUUGGAGGAGGUCCUCCAAGGCAGCUUGGAAAGGGAAUGCCUUGAAGAGAGAUGUACACACGAAGAAGCAAGAGAAGUAUUUGAAAACGAUGAAAUGCUUAAAAUGUUUUGGGAUGCCUACUAUGGCGGCAGGAGAUGCUCAUCGAGCCCCUGCCAGCACAACGGCGUGUGCGAGGACAGCAUCCGCGGCUACAUCUGCACCUGUGCUGAGGGCUACGAGGGAGAGAACUGUGCUUUCGCUAAAAAUGAAUGUCGCCACCAAGCAAAAGAAGGAUGUCACCACUUCUGCUACCCAGGAAGCAAUUCGUACCGUUGUUCCUGUGCUGAUGGCUAUGAGCUUGGGAAGGACAAGAAACAGUGCAUCGCGUUAGAUCAAUGUGCGUGUGGCAGACUUCAAGACAACAAUAAUCUGAGAAGCAAAACCAGGAAGAAACGUGAGGAGCGAUUUCCUUGGCAGGUUCUGCUGCUAAACUCAGAAGGGAAGGGCUUCUGUGGAGGAGUGCUGCUAAAAAGUAAUUUUGUAUUGACUACAGCAGAGUGUGCCCUUCUGCACAGCCAGUUUGAAAUCAGGGUUGGUGUUGGGCCUAAUGGAACAAGCGGAACUGGGAUGAUAAUGCAAGUUAGCAAGAAACACAUACACAUUCGGUACGAUGAAGACACCGGUGAGAACAACAUUGCAUUACUACAACUCCAAGAGCAUGCCGAGUGCAACAACCAGCAGCUUCCAGUAUGCAUCCCCGAAAGAGACUUUGCAGAACACAUUUUAAUUCCAAAAUUGGCUGGGACAGUCAGUGGCUGGAGAAUGGAAGGUGAUGAGCUUCAAGGUGAUGAGUUGCAGGUUUCAUACCUUCCUGCUGAGGACUGCAAGCAAGCACUCAACAUAAGCCUCACGAACAGGCAGUUCUGUGGACACCUCCAGGAAGCCGUAGACAAACGACUGGCUGGAGGAAGCUUUUUAGCUACCGAGUAUAAAGGCACUUGGUUUCUGACUGGUAUCCUGGGAUCUUGGCCACUAGAAGACACUGACUGGGAAACAUUUCUAUUCACUAACACCGCAAGGUAUAUGAUAUGGUUUAAACAAAAAAUGAAAUAAUACACAAACACAACCAACCCUCCAGCACCAGACCCCUGCCAAUCACUGCAAGGAAACAUUUGGAUGCAGCCAGUGCCCCCAAGUGACACUCUAUCAUGACUUGCAGCAAUGGAAGUUGCAACAAUGCUAUGGACAUAACUCCAAUUCAUAUAGAAAGGCCCAUUUGUCUUUCCUUCUUCUGUUGACAUACAGUACUGUGAAAGUCACAAUGCUGUAAACCUAGUUAUGUUACUGAAAACUGAUUGAACUGUAAGUUUCCUAGAACUGUUCAUCCUAAAAACUCACAAAGUGUUCAUGUUUUUCUGGGAUUUUAAAUGUUGCUAGAAGGAAAUGAGUCUUUAAUUCCUGUUACCCUGAGGUUUGCUUCAACAAAUUCAUAUUCUUUUUUCAGCAUCCACACAAGUAAAACUUAUGAAGACCAGGGGAACUCCAAGCAUUUAAAUGCCUAUGUUGAUGUAGGACUUGACACUCAUCACACUAAAAAUGCUUCCCCUCAUACAUGGUACCUAUGUUUUCUCUUGUGAAUCAUGUCCACAUCACUUAACAGGUAAAAUAAAACCCAACUCUCAAUGAGAGGAAAAAAAAGUUUUAUUUCCUUUAAAAAUAAUGAAAAAACCCCAAAACUACCACCCCAUCACUAUGAACAAAGUUACACUGCACCGCCCCCAAACAAACAAAAUGCCCAAGGUAGUAACACUUAAAAUAAUAGAUCCAGUGGCACUGUUUUCCCCCACAGCAGAAUAAAACAGAGUAUAAGUUACUUAGAUAAGUUUUUUGUUCAAAAAUGAAACCAAAUAUUACCAGAAGUAAAAAAACCAAAACCCCACAACCCAUCUGUGGGCACCUAUAGACAAAAAUCCCGCAUUUACUUGAACGUGCAAGUAUCACUGACACAGUACAGCUUUUGGUGUCAAGGGCUUCUCUAGUUUUUAAGAGAAGGUUUGAAGAGAGUAUUUAAUACCAGCUAGGUUAUUGAAGAGACUUUAAAAAAAUGGAAACCAUGAAAGAAAACAUCAUUUUCCACUCUGAAGAAUGGAUUAAUGCAAGUAACAAAGGAUGAUACUUCUCCUCUCUGAAAGAUAAAAGCAGAAAUAGUAACACAAAGUACUUUAUAAAAGCUUUAAGUAGUUUGGAAGGAAUUUGGAAUGCUUUAUUUCUUCAUGAAAUACUCUGAAUGAUCUAGAAAGCCUGCGGAAACUAUCAUUGAAAAGUUAGCAUUUCGUUCCAAUGCACUUUGUAACACUGGCAGCCUUGGUCAUUCUGGGAAAGGAGCCACAAAGUUCCUGGUAUUCCAGUCCUGGACAUGAACCAGGUCAUUUACAAUGUUCUUGGGGCAAUUAGGAGCAGCUCCACUGGGCAAGCUGAGUAUCUGAAAAGUACUUGCACAGAUAAGAUGCAAUACUCAACACACUGUUGACAGCGGAGGAAAUGGGUUCUGCUUACUGACCACAAGCUUUUGAUGCUGAUGAGAUAUAUAGCCUUUAAUGUGACCCUGGCAGAAGGAGAAAAAAAAGAGAGUGUUAGUACUGGAAGCUGAUAACACAAUGCCUAUAACCUCAGCUGUCCUCAGACUAGACUACAUCAAGCAAAGCUACGUGUGCAUACUCAAUCACCACUGCACUACUGUACUUAAUACUUAUAUCUGUAUGGAUCUAUAGGUGGGUCAACUCACAGAGUAAGCCAAAAGUUGGAACCACAACCACAUUUGUGUACUCAUGGCGCUGUCAGGCUGAGAGCCCGUUGCCAGGGCCCCUACUGGUCUGCUAACAUUUCCUUGAAGAGACAGAGGUCUGCAGAAGUCUUUCUAAAUUUACUCUUGCUCACUUUAAAAUUAGGAUUUUAAUUAAUCACUAUUCCAUACCUAAUAAACUAAAUGACAUAGUACUUCCUUUUCAGUUAUAGUGUGGUUAACAUUGAAAUAAAUCUUCCAGUGACCUAAUCCUACCCUCUGUUACUCCUAUACCACACCAAAUAACCUGUUUCAGAAACAGAGAAGUGGUUCAUUUUUUGCUGACACUGCAAUGCUGCUCCAAAACCUCUGAUUUAUUAGAAAUCUCUUGAUUUCACACCUUUACCUGUUCAUGAGUAGUUGAGAUCCACUUAGAGUAAAAGACAAAAUAUGAAACAAAACCAAAGAAAUCUGGUUUUGAUUUUUUCUAAUGUUAUAAUGUCAAGAGUCUCCUACUUCAAAUGCAGAACAAAUCCCUUUUGGUCCCAGUUACAAUUUUUGUAUUUUUAAAACAGUAUUUAUGCAUAUAUACAAGUGUCAGUACUGGAUUUGUAAUGUAAAACUCAACUUCAAUUUUAACUGAUUCCUGCAAAAGAGGCAGGAACUAGAGGAAGCCCUCAGGGAAAAUGAGAACAUUUCACUUUGAGCACAAGUGAAUCAACUUUUUUUUUAAAAAACACAAGAAAACCUGGAAUUACUGAUAUGUUUUUUGUAACAAACCUUUAAUUCUCUACCUAAUAUUUUUUACUGUCUGAAGUCUGGAAGGACCAGACAACAAGUGGUUAGCACAUACCAUAUAUAUAAGGUUAGCUAAAAUGCACUGGACUUCAUCAAUAUCAACAUCAUCUACUUGCAUGAAUUUCAGCGCAAACAGAAAGGCAUCUAGAGAUAGCUGAUGGGUUUUGAGUAGUAAAUACCUGAAAGAAACAACAGGAAAAAAAACUGUUAUUGAGAAACAAUCACUUAAAAAAUCUGGUUCUUAGAAAAAUGGCCUUUCUACAAUAAAUUCACUUUAAGAGGAAUUCAGUGCUCUCAGAGAGAGCUAGAGAGCAUAUACAUUUCUAUCUCAGUCCUUGGUGAAACCAUAUUAAAUCUGCUUUUGCAAAAAUGUACGUUUUGUUAUGCUUACACUUUCUUAAAGAGGUUUCUGUACGUGAUGAUUUUCAGCUUCUCAAGGAUAAGAAAGAUUCCACAUCGAAUAAAGAAGGUUUCAUGCUUUGUCAGAGCGUCAUUCAGCAGGAGAAGAUUGCCUUCGCUACAAGGAUGAAGAAAUGAAAAUAUGAGAAGGUCUCACCCAAAUGAGAAAAGAAAUUGUCUGACUUGGUAGGAAUAUCCCUCCCCUGCCUUCCUCAAUCAUCCCAAAUAAAAACCUUUUACUUAAUACUUUUUGAAUUAACACACAAGGCAAUAAAAUAAUCAUCAUACCUCACAGCCUUUGUUACUUCAGCAAACUGCAUAAGGUCAUACUUUUUUAAGAGCUGAACUGUUGGCAUAUGGCCCUGAAAAAUAAACAGUUUCCAAGUUUUCCAGGAUAAAGUCAAA